UCCACUCUGACUGGUUAAGCGCCUCCUUUCCUCCAAAGGCAUUUCCUGGCGUCCGUGCGCGCUCCCGGAAUACACAGCUGCACGCCAGCGGUUGUGGCAUGCUAUGGACCGCUAUUUUAUCUCGCCGUCAUCGUCCAUCUCUUAAAGAUGCAGGUGUGCGCGGUAAACUCCCAACUUUGAAACGUAUCGCGUCUGGAAAACAGCGUUUAGAGCGGCCUUUCCACAAUUUGAGACGGCAUACGGCGCGAGCGUUACUUUGUGUCGGGACGAACGGGAGCGUCGCACUGUUCCGUUCCAUUUAAUACGUGAUUGACGGCUGCUGAGGUGUGAUCUGAACCCCGUCAAACCCAAACCGAGCCUUUCUAGACCCGAUGAAGUCGCUCUAGAUCUCCUGCCACGUUUCGCUCUUCGAGGGCUGAAGUUACGACUAUAACAGAGGUGGACAGACUGGCUGGCACAAUGAAGGAGGAGAACUUGUUCCGCAGACGGUUCUCUCUCUGUCCCACGGCCGCCACACCUCCCAAGAUCGACCCACGUUUGUUGUCUCGUAACCUGUCCUAUGGAGGAGACAAUGAACUCUACCCGCUCAGCCCAGGUGUCCGUGUGUGUGCGUGUGUGUGUUCUGUAGGUAAUGAAUCGGAGAGGAACGGUUUGCCCUUACUGAGGGACGAGGUCAGUCCGGUCCGCUCGCCCAGCAGCGCAUCGGAAUCCAGGAUGUUUUUGGGUUUGGAGAAGGAGUCUUCCUCGCCCACGGAGAAGCUGGCAAGGAAAGAAUCGCUUAAGGUUCAGAAGAAGAACUAUCGACAGGAAAAGAAGAGGGUUGCAAAAGAGCUGUUCAGUGCACUUAAGGAUCCAAGUGUGGUUAUUAUGUCCAACUGGCUAAAGAUUCGGGGGACUUUGAAGAGUUGGACGAAAUUGUGGUGCAUCCUGAAGCCCGGCAUUCUCCUGAUUUACAAGACGCCCGGUUCAGAUCACUGGGUGGGGACGAUUCUUCUCAACGCCUGCAAACUCAUCGAAAGGCCAUCGAAGAAGGACGGAUUCUGCUUCAAACUCUACCAUCCGCUGGACAAGUCCAUAUGGGCCAUGAAGGGUCCUAAAGGAGAAUCUGUGGGCUCCAUCACACAACCCUUACCUAAUAACUACCUGAUCUUCAGAGCAGCCUCCGAAUCUGACGGACGCUGUUGGAUGGACGCUCUGGAGCUGGCUCUCAGCUGCUCCAGCCUGUCGAAGAUGGCGGCGAAGAGCGGCAGGGAUGGAGAUCUGAGCAGCUCCUCUGAGUCCUCACACAUACUGCAGCUGCUGCAGAGCUCGGCUCUCACCGACCAGGACCUGAUGCAGUUGAAUGACUCCAUGUUGGAAAACCAUAUGGAGAACGACGCCAACUCGGACAAAUCAGAGAGGGAGGCGCAUGAGGACUCCGACAAUGCGGCCAAUGAGAACGGAGGCAGAUUGACGGAGGAGAGCGAUAUGGACCAAUCAGAUGACGUGUGCCUGCAGGCCACCGCGUUUGUUGAAGAAGCCCAUGAAGAGAUGGGAGAGGUUGGUGAGGCGUCCCAGGUCGAGACGGUCUCAGAGGAGAAUAAGGGUUUGAUUUGGACUCUCCUGAAACAGCUGAGGCCCGGGAUGGACCUGUCUAAAGUGGUUCUGCCGACGUUUAUCCUGGAGCCACGUUCAUUUCUGGACAAGCUGUCGGAUUACUACUAUCAUGCUGACCUGCUGUCCCAGGCUGUGAUGGAGGAGAGCCCGUACUGCAGGAUGAAGCAGGUCGUGCGCUGGUAUCUGUCCGGCUUCUACAAGAAACCAAAGGGUCUUAAAAAACCAUACAACCCUAUUUUAGGAGAGAUGUUUCGAUGCUGCUGGCUGCAUCCACAAACAGACAGCUGUACAUUUUACAUCGCAGAGCAGGUUUCGCAUCACCCUCCCGUUUCAGCUUUCUACAUCAGCAACAGGAAGGACGGGUUCUGCAUUAGUGGAAGCAUUCUGGCCAAAUCCAAGUUUUAUGGGAACUCUCUGUCUGCUAUACUCGACGGAAAGGCCAGGCUCGUGUUUCUGACCCGAGAUGAAGAGUAUAUCAUCACAAUGCCAUACGCUCACUGUAAAGGGAUCCUGUAUGGCACCAUGACAUUAGAGCUUGGCGGGAAAAUCACCAUCGAGUGUGAAAAAACACAGUGUUACACAGAACUUGAGUUCAAAUUGAAGCCUUUUCUUGGCAGCUCUUGCAACGUUAACCAAAUUUCUGGAAAGAUCCGUAUUGGCGAAGACGUUCUGGCUACAGUAGAUGGGCACUGGGACAGUAAAGUGCACCUGACUGAGAAGAGGACGGGCCGGCAGGAGGUGCUGUGGGACCCCGGUCCAGACAUACGCAGACAGCGGCUGAAGAGACAGGUGGUGCAGGUGGACCAGCAGGAGGCGUUCGAGUCUGAGAGGCUGUGGCAGCAUGUGACCAGAGCGAUUGGAGAUAAAGACCAGGUGAGAGCCACGCAGGAGAAGUUUGUGCUGGAGGAGGCUCAGCGGCAGGAGGCUCGAGAACGAGAACGAGUCGAGCAGCUCUGGAACCCACGACUCUUCACCUUCAGCACAGACACCAAUGAGUGGCACUACAAAUACCCCGACACUAAGCCGUGGGAUCCCGAGCGCUGUCUGGUGCAGUUUGAGAAAGACGGCAUCAUCCAGACGAAAGAGAAAUCAAAGGGCCAGCGCAGAAGCUUCUACAGCCAGAGCUGGGCUGGACAGCAGACGGUGCGGGUGAACGGCAAACACAGGAAGUCGAGCAGCCAGCCGUCCAGCUGCAGUCAGAACACAGAGAGCAGCAGCAGCACACCGGAGCCCAACCAUGAGUCAUCCGACAAUGAAGGCUUCAUGAAGCAGUGUGCAAGAUGCACUAAAGAAGUGAAGGACAUCGCCCUCAUAGAGGCCUCGGUAGCAGCUAUACAGAAAACACAGCAGGACAUCCAGAGAAACCUGAGUUCCCUAGGUCGUCAGAUCACGCGGCACAAGACCGCAGAGGAGAGCAAGUCCUUGAGCGCCCGCCACUGUCUCAUCCUCUGCAUGCUGUUGCUCUUCCAGCUACUCAUCAACUACGUCUUCCCUUGAGAUGCUGUCACCUAGAGACCAUCGCCUAGCAAUAAACACAGCCAAACUAUCACCGUCACAUAGCCACUUGAAUGCCCCGCCGUGUUGUUGCUACUGUCUGUAGCCACACCAUUAAGCACUAAGCACUUCAAUUAGAGAGAAAGAGACUCUUGUUUUAAUUAAUAUGACCGAUAAUCCUUUCAGAGUGGAUAUAAAAUGCUUUACUGCCACUCUCGGUAACUGUCAUGUUCCCUGUUUCCUAUGUACUUCUCUUUCUCUGCACUAUAGGUCAUGUAUUUGUGGCAUUUUUGAAUGCAGUUGAAUGGGUUAGUGUGUAUGUGUUCGCGUUACCCACAAACUCCUCUUCCAUUUAUACACCGGGCCUUAAUACUGAUGCCAAAAAAAGAGGAAAAAAGAAGUGAGAAGUCAGUGAAGUCCGCCAGUGCAACUUUAGUAUGCUUUCAAGUCAACAACUGACCACAUACAUUUGCUUGUUUUAUUUGACCAAAACAGUGUUUCUGUACAGAACAAUACAAAGAGUAAAUGUUUACAAACUUGAUUGUACACAACGGAAACCAUGCUCUGACACCAAAUUUGUUGUGUUGAUUUAGAUGAAGUGAACAGAAUUGGAGAGAGCAGUACGAUAGCAGAAUGAACAAUCAGCCAUAAGACUGUGGCAAGCUGGUUUAACAUUUAAUCCUUGAAAUGUACAAGUAUCUAGUUUCACACUACUGGUACUUAUAUUUUAGCCACUACUAUCUAUUCCAUUAAGUACUAGUACUUAUUCAUUAGGCACUUGUUCUUAAUAGCUACUAGUUCUUAUUCUUUGCAUAACUAGUUCUUAUUCAUUAGCUACCAGUGCUUAUAGUUACUAGCAACUUUAAAGGUACUAGUACUUAUUCAUUAAAUACUAGUACUUUUUUCAGCAGCAACUAGUAACCAUUAUAUUGUUACUAGUAACAAUUUAAAAAUGUUUUGCCAUUGACUUUUAUGGGAUGUAUCACUCAAAUAUCUGAAUAGUAUGUAUUCCACUAGUGAGUAGUGUUUUUUUUAUUCAUUGAAUACUAUUGAUUUUCAUUAGAUAACCAGACCUACAUAGGUACCAGUAUCUAAUAAAAAGUAUGCAUACUAGUAGUUAUUCAUUAGACACUAGACACUUUAAUUUAUUUUUUAUAUAUAUGUUAUGACUAGUCAGAAUGGCCACUGUAGAGUUUAAUUAAAAAUGUUACUAGUAAUAUUGGUCUAAGUACUAGUAUCUAAUAAAAGUGUAUGCAAUGAAUAAAUACUUCACUUACUUCACUUCAAAUAAAUACUAGUAACUCACCAAUAAGUCCUAGUAUCUAAUGAAUAAGUCCUAGUAUCCAGUAGAUAAGAAAAAGUAUCUAAUAAAAGGUACUAGUAUCUACAUAAUUAGUAGUAGUACCUUAUGAGCAACUACUAGUAUAUAAAAAGGUACAUCACUAUAUAUAUAUAUAUAUAUAUAUAUAUAUUUUUUUUUUUUUUAAUGUUAUGGCCAAUAUAGAGUUCAAUUAAAAAUCGCAAUAGUAACAUUUAUAAAAAGUAAUAGUAUCUAAUAAAUGUAGAUAUUUAAUAAGUACUAGUAGCAUGAAAAUAGAUACUACAUUGUAGGGCUGCACAAUAAAUCGAAAUGAAAUCAAAAUCGCGAUUAGACAGAAGAUGUGAUUGCCCUGCGUAUCUUUCAGUGAAGCAUGAUUCUGUGAUCAGUAGGCAAUCAACAUCCGAAGGCCAGAGGGCGCUCUCACAAGUGGAAAUUCCAAAUACGCCCCACAGAAGAAACCCAGGAAAUGCCUAUAGCGGUUGCUGAAUAAACAGAAAAUUUAAAUGCUUUCAUUGAUUCAGCGUGACAAAUAAACAUACAACUACGGCAAUACAUGGUUUAUCUGAGUUCUUAUUAUUAUAAUUUUCAUUAUAAUAAAGUAUAUCUAUAUUACAAUGCUAAUCGACAGCCUUUAUCACAGCUUAGAAUACUAUGAAAUAUGUUGCGUGCCUUAUUCUGUGUAACAAGCCACAUCAUCUCAAAGAAGGAUUUAUUUCAAACACCCAGCUGAAAUUAUGAAGUGAGAUUGGAUUAAAAACAUCUUAUUAAAUGUGAUAUUUUCACGUGCUUUCAGAUAGAGCAGCAUUUACUACACAGAGCCGUAGUUCACUGAGAAGAUACGCAAACAGCUGUCAUUAUCGCAGACAAUUUCUUCAAUUUCAUAAUCAUUUGAUUAUAUUUUCUGCGAUUAUUUUAUUUUUUUAGCAUGUCACAGAACUACGGUUCUAAUAUACUACUAAUCACAGAACCGGCUUUUCUGACAAUAUGUACAUGACAAUUGCAUUCGAUUAAUCGUGCAACCCUAUUACAUUGUAAGGAUUAAGUGUUAAAAUGGCUUGCCACAAUAAGAAUAUUCAUAUUCAUGAUUGUUUGUUGUGCAUUGGGUAGGUCAGUCAUGAUAGGGACACGUGAGGCCUUCUGGGAAGUUCCAGUUCAUUGAUUUUGCUCAGAUGAAGUGUGAUACGUUCAGUAACGAAGGUGUGACUGAGUAAUCGAAAGUGUAGAUAUAGUUUGGAACAUUUGAAAUUCAGAAUGUAUUUAUUUGAGCGUUUCACUUGAUUUGUUUUAUAUAUAUAUAAAUUGCAUUGUUUUGAACACAUUCAUUCAGGUUUUCUGGGAGCAAGUACAGUCAAGAAUCAACCCCUUUCUCUUCAUGAGGUUUUUUGUCCCCUUAGUCGGGAAAUAUUAAGGUCAAAGUACCAAACUUCCAAUGCAGGAUUCAUAUAGGAGAUUUGUGCUUGAAUGAUGCUUGAGCUCCUGAGCCAUAGUUCAACCCAUUGCAAUUUACAAUAAUUUUUCAUUUACUUUUUCCUUUUUUACAGAGCACAGUACAAUGUUAUCUUGUCUGACAAUUGAAAUGAAUGAGAUGUCACUGGCUCACUGUUUAUUAAAGAUUGUUGCAAUUACAGCACCACUGUAAAAUUUUACAUUU